AUGAGGGAUGAUGGUACUGAGGUAGCAGUUAAACGAAUGCUCAAGGAUGACAAUGAACAACUGAAGAAGGAGAUGAAAAUACUGCGUGAUUUAAAGCUGGAGCACAAGAACAUUGUCAGAUAUCUAGAUUUUACAGAAGACCGGAAUUUUGUUUACCUCUGCCUGCAACUCUGUGAAUAUGACUUUGAAGAAUACAAGAAAACCAGUAAACUGGACCAGGAUGCUUUGAAGAAAGUGAUGAAGGAAGUCCUUCUUGGAUUGCAAACCCUCCACAAUGCUAAAAUCAUUCACAGAGAUUUAAAACCCUGGAAUAUUUUAAUUGAUGUGGAAGGAAACGCAAGAUUGGCUGACUUUGGUAUAAGCCGCAUGAUAAACCAAAACGCAAGUACGGUGCAUACCUCACGAGCCGGAACACGAGGCUGGGAGGCAGCAGAGAUCCUGAAUACAGACGGAACGUGUGGAUACAAAACAAGCACUGACAUUCAGGUGGCUGGAAUGUUGAUGUAUUACAUCCUCUCUGGUGGGAAACAUCCUUUCGGCACAGGGAAUGAAACAGAAGAAAACAUUCGGAAAGGAAAUUACCAACUGGACGAAACAACUGAUGUGGAAGCAAAAGAUCUGAUUGAGAAAAUGAUUGCACAUAAACCAGAAGCCAGGCUGAACGUCAAGGAGGCAGUAGAACAUCCUUAUUUCUGGGACGAUAAAGGGAGAGAUGGAUUUCUGAGGGAGAUUGGAGACAUGGAACAAGUCCAGAACUACAAAGCGGUGGACGCUGAGCUUAAAGAAGCUGUGGGAAAAUAUGAAAAUUCUUUAGGCUGGAGAUCUAAGAUUGGAGAUUUUGACCCCAAGUUUGAAAAAAACAUUCCAGAUGAUUUACUCGGCCUGCUGCGUUUUCUGCGUAACAGAUUGGUGCAUCGUAAAGACAUCUUCUACCAAAAGAACAUGUAUAAGGAAGUGUUUCCAGAAUUCUACAUUAGCGCUAACCAGUUGGCCAAAGAGAUGAAAUGGAAAUAGCAAGCUGCAUGUGGCACAUGGGUCAUGAUCUCACCCUCGACUGGAGCAGACAUCCCUCCCACUUCAUUUUCAAUCUAUAACUUUGUAAAACAGAACUGCUUGUUAAUAAAUCUGUUUUUACGGUGCA